ACUUCCGGUGAAUCAGUUCGCCAUCUUGAACAGGCUUGGCUAGUUGUAUGAAACGGUCUAGACCUAAAGAAAAAAAAAAUGUUCGAUCUGCUAUUUAUAGUGAUAGUAUUGUUUCUGUAACGUCUAGCUGGUGUUAAAUUCAGCAGAAAGAUCAAUGAUCUUCUAAAGACAAACGCAGAUUUAGCCGAUUAUGGAAACCUAUAGAUCCCCUAAGAUAAAGUUAAAAAGAUCCGCCGGUAGCAAAAACCGAACCCAACGACAAUUACAGCGUUUGUUUGUUGGUUUGCUUGUUUUAUAAUCUCCAGGACUAAUUCAUUCAAGAGUAAACGAAAAGUUGCAGGAAACACCUGCAAAAAAACAAAACAAGGAGAAAUGUUUCAGCUUCCAGUAAACAACCUUACACGACUGAGAAAAGCUAGGAAAAGGGUCAAGAGGCUGUUGAGUGAUAUUGGUCUGGACUACUGCAAAGAACAUAUAGAGGAUUACAAAGCAUUUGGUCCUGAUGAGUUCUAUAUGAAACAUUUUUACCUUGAUGUGUGCAUGUGGGAUCCAUCCUGGACAAAGUCACAAGACUACAGAACGAAGCAAUUUUGUUGCUCCGAUUGUCCCUUUGCUUCCAAAUACUUCUCAGCCUACAAGAAUCACUUUCGUAAUGUGCACAGAGAUGAUUUUGAGAACCGCAUCCUUCUCAACUGCUCCUAUUGUAUGUACAGUGGGAACAAACGAACUCUGGAGACUCAUGUUAGGCUGUUCCACAUGCCUUAUAAUGUUGUACGACAGGGUAUUGCCAGUCCACUUGGAACCAUGGUAGGUGGUAAGGACAGUCCACGGAUAGACAAGCCUAUGCUGACUGACAGAAAGGAGCUGGCAGUGUACUACUGCAAGAAAUGCAAUUACCGGGACAGAUUAUACAAUGUAGUGCGCAGGCACAUUUAUAGGGAACACUUCCAGCAUGUGACUACACCUUAUGUAGUCAGAAAUCCAGAGAAGCAAGAAAGCAGUGAGGAAGCCACAAUCAGUAGUUAUGGGAUUCACUGUAAAAGUUGCCUCUUUGUCUGUCGUUCCUACGAGGCACUGGUUCAACAUGUUAUUGAGUUCCAUGAACAUAUUGGCUAUCAAGUAACUGCCAUGAUUGGUCACACCAAUGUUAUGGUGGCUCGUUCUCAGGGCAGCAUAAUUCAGAGGGGUGCUCCAGUCACACCUAGAAUACCUUCACACAUGGUGCAGCCUGUUAAUUGCUUUAACAUGCCCAAAGUAAUGAGAGUGCCUGUUGGCAACCAUUUUAAGCAGGGUGUCACAAGUCCUGGCCAACCACUGUGCAUUACUCUACCUGACAAAGCUCUGUUGUCCAGCACAGCUUCCCAGUCAUAUACAGGAAAACACCAAGGUAGCUUAAUGUUAACAUCACAUGGUAAUGUGUCCCCCUCAGUGAAGUCCCUACCCCUCUCUUCACUGCAUCCUGCUACUGCCACUGCCACUUUGACCUCAUUACAGGCCAAGAAGGGUUCCGCUAAUGCACUGAACACCUCACAAACACAGAAGUGGAAGAUCUGCACAAUUUGCAAUGAACUCUUUCCUGAGAGUACAUUUGCUCUUCAUGUUGAAAAGGCGCAUCAGCUUGAUAGGGUGCAAGCUAUAGCUAAGUACAUUAUGAAGAUCCACACUUUCACAAGCAAGUGUCUGUAUUGUAAUCGCUACCUGCCAAGUGACUCUCUGCUAAAUCACAUGUUAAUACAUGGCCUGACAUGCCCACAGUGUGAUUCCACAUUUUAUGAGGUUGACAAGAUAGUAAUGCACAAGAGGCAGAUGCAUCCAAAUGAACCAGCGGAUCUUACUAUUGACUCUCCGCUGACAUUUGAUCUGACACUUCAACAAGGCAGUCCAAAGAAUGUGCAGCUUAUAGUGACUACCUAUAAUGUGAAGGAAGCACCCAAGUCACUAUCCACAACUGUGCAUUCACCAAACAAUACUGGAUCUGGGUCUACAAUAAUUGUAGAAAAGGGGCCAAAAAGAUCCAGUGAAUCAUUGAUGAGGAAGAACCAAGAAAUUGGCAAGACGCUGUGUCCUCUCUGCUUUGCCAUUUUAAAGGGUCCCGUUUCUGAUGCACUUGCACAGCAUCUUCAAGACCGGCACCAGGUGCUACAAACUCUCCAUCCGGUUGAGAAAAAGCACACUUACAAGUGUAUCCAUUGUUUGGGUGUGUACACAAGAAACAUGACUGCUUCCACAAUUAAGCUUCAUCUAAUACACUGCCGAGGGGUUGGACAAGCUCCAAAGGUUCAAGACAAGUGCAUUUCAGCUCUUAAACGAGAAAUGGUUGCCUCAUAUCCAUUUGACUCUAAGAAGAAAAAAAUGGUUGCUCAAAAUAGAUACCAUCCCACAAUAUUUGUGGAAAAACCUGCAGAUCCCAUUCUCAUCUUGGAUCCCAGAGAUCAUGCAGAUGAGUCUUAUGAUGCACGUAAGGCUUUCCUGACCACAUAUUUCAACCAGCAGCCAUAUCCAUCCCAGCGAGAGAUAGAAAAACUCGCUGCCAGCCUAUGGCUGUGGAAGUCUGACGUCUUAAGUCACUUUGCCAACCAAAGGCAGUCAUGUGAGCGAGACUUUGGGAUUCGAAAACCAUUAGUCUUACUAGGCUUUAACAUGCAAGCAGUGAACCAACUCAAGCAUGAAAUGAACUUUGAUUGUGAGUGGUUGUUCACAGUUGAUAAUAAGAAGAAAAGUGAAAAUUCAAGAACUGCAAAAAAGAGACUGAAUGCUUUUUUUGAUUUGUCUACUGACAAGAGCACACACACACAUGUGAAAGAGGCUCUAAACCAUGGAAAAUGUAAAGAAAGCAACUGUGCCUUCAAGCCAACUCCUGAGUCUUCAGAAACCAUUGCCAAUGACUUUCACAGAGAAUCAGAACAAGAGGAGCUGUCGAUGGAAAAUAGGACAUUGAAAACAACACCUACAUUUCCUUCAAUGGUUCAAAAUUGCACAAAAGGGACAGUGCUGCAGGAGAGGUUCCUAUGUAAGAGAGGUGGCAGGGUGGCAAGUACAGAUUUUACCAAGGAAGGGUCAAAAAGUCUAGAUAGAUGUGUGUCUGGUACCAGAACUGAAGAAGCAGCAUGGUCAGGAGGCAUCUCCCCGAAUGAGAGCCUUUAUAGGCCAGCUGGACGAUUUGAAGAGAAGGGGAAAGAAAUGGGUUUGCUGGGCACUUGAUCCAAGUUUUGGGCAAAGUCUCCCAACUCUCAAGGCAAACUUCCUUCUGUCUUGUAUUAGCCCUGAAACUUACAUUGUGACAAUUUCUUUUUUGUAUCUUUUUUUUUUUUUUUGAUGAAGGUACAAGCUUACUGAAAGGACACAUUUUACUUUCACCAUUCCUGUUAUGAACAAGCAGGGAAAAAAUAACAUAUUGGAUCAUUUCAUCACACAUGUCCUCCUAUGAUUUUUACUGCCUUGUAUAUUUACUCACACAGUUGAAUUGUUACAAAGUGUAGAAAGUCUGUUUCUCUCUGAUUAAAAAAUAAAAUUAACAUUGUAAUUUACUGUA